AGGGUACUGGGAUCUUAGGCGACACUGAGUGGGAGGGAAGAAGCAGUCGAACUUAAUUUACGAUUCAUGAAGCCUCUAUAUGCCGCGUUUCGAACGGCUACUUUCGUCAGAGGACCGAUGUAUCGGCACGCCCUCAACUUGUUAUUGUGCUCCUGUGCGCGACACAAGUGCCCGGUCCGUAAUCUAAUGGUGGCUGCUCCUCAAAAAGGAGAAAAAGUCGUGCCCAAGGAUGACAUGCUCCGGUUCAUGACGGAGUGCAUGACCAGCGUUGGAGUAUCCCAAUCGCAUGCAAGGCAACUGGCUGAAGUUGCCGUCGAAGCUGACGUUCGUGGCCAUUACAGUCAUGGCCUGAAUCGGCUUGAGAUGUACGUGAAGGAUGUGGAGAAGAAGGUGUGCAAAGCUGAGGGUGAACCAAAAAUAUUGAAGGAGCGAGCAGCUUCCGCUUGGGUAGACGGCGAUAACCUCUUAGGACCUGUAGUUGGUAAUUUCUGCAUGGAUCUGGCAAUAAAGAAAGCAAAGGACGCCGGUGUUGGAUGGGUAGUUGCUAAAGGCUCGAAUCACUACGGUAUCGCUGGCUGGUACGUGAUGAGAGCCAUGCAAGAAGGCGUCAUAGGAAUUACAAUGACGAACACAUCCCCGCUGACCUACCCGACCAGGGCUGCUGAACCGGCCAUCGGCACGAACCCUAUCGCUAUCGGCGCUAAUGGGACAUCCGGUGACUCGUAUCUGCUAGACAUGGCCACGACUACGGUAGCCGUAGGAAAGAUUGAGAUUGCAAAGCGUCGGGGAGAUAACGUACCCGAAACAUGGGGAGUCGCUAAAGGUGGAAAGCCCAGCACAAAUCCAAGCGAAAUUUUGAGCGGCGGCGGUCUACUACCUCUGGGUGGAAGCGAAAUUACGGGAGGUUAUAAGGGCUACGGCCUUGGUGCUAUCGUAGAACUAUUCUGCGGGAUCCUUGGCGGUGCACACUGGGGUCCAAACAUUCGAAGAUGGAUGGAUGCUACAAGGGACGCUGAUCUUGGGCAAUGCUUUGUUGCCAUAGAUCCAGAGGGCUUCGCUCCAGGAUUCCACGAAAGGUUACAGGAGUUCAUCAAUGCUCUCAGAGGGCUUCCACCUGCUGAUGAGGAUUUGAAAGUUCUUGUGGCUGGUGACCCAGAGAAGGAACAUGAGAAGAUGGUGAAAGAUGUUGGCGGCAUACCCUAUCAUCCGAAUCAAAUCAAGAAUGCCGAUGAACUCGCUGCAAGGCUCAAUGUGAAAAAGGUGAACGUUAUAAAGGAAUUCUGAUGAAGAUGGUUGCGGGAUUACAAUGACUCACUUUAUGAAAUUAACAUGUUCACGGAUAUAUAAUAUAAUUUUCAGAGUGUUUAAACUGCAUAAAUUUUGUAUAAACUGC